AUGGCUUCAGUUGUCAAACAGCCACGAAGGGUCCAGCCAUCUCGCAAGGUCAAUGCAAGAGAUGGCCGAAGCACCAAAGUUUCAGAGGGUCCGGCUCUGUUCAUGACGCAGUUAACAAAGAGACGCGCUGCUCUUUCGAAGGUUAAUCGAGAGGAACCUGGAUCACCAAUCGCAUCCGGCAGCCUGGAGGAACGGGAAGAACGCAUCCAGAAGCUCCGCGAUGCCAUUACAGACGCCUACGCGGCCGCCGACGCUGAUCCUUCUGAUGGGAAGUGGAUAUUUCUCUGGCGACUUCUUCGAACUGGAGUCACCAGCGGUCGCGACGGACACUGGGCCGGUGCACGGAAGGACGUCAAGAUUCCGCAGGAGCUCGAUGGUGAGGGUUUAGGCUGGCGUAUCGCAGAGACGGAGGCGGAGUGGAAAGAGUGGGAAAAGAGGGUCCUGGAGGAACACCGACUUCGCGACAAGGUCGAAAGCUGGCAACGGAAAGUCGACAUCCGAGAUGCCACCCUCCCAGAUUCACUCCCCCGUGAGGCUGUCGAACUUGCACCUGUCAAAGUAGUUGAUGCACCUUCAACGUCUUCGAAGACCUCCCAUCCGGCCUCGAACCAGAAAGCUCCCAGUACCACCGCUCCUGCGAAGAAGACUAAAGUUCAGGCCACUAUCAAGGCUGCAGCCCCUUUGGACCCUCUCCAGGACUCCUCCCCCUUUGGUUUUGCCGUCGUUAAACGUUCAAGUCAGUUGAGCGGCAGUAGCAAGCCCAAAGAUGACAAGGCGAGCCGUGAUAACAACGCCGAUAAAGCUAAGCCCAGUAACACGAACAUCAGAAACAUCCCAGAUUUUCAGUCAUUCCUUCCCCCUUCGUUUCCAUCCUCACAAAUGAUGACUUCAACCCCCAAACCCCAUGCGAAACCCUCUAAACCCACUCCUAUCUCUCAUGACGCGUUACCUUCUCCCUCCUCAGCAGCACUAUCUUCCAUGCAACCCCCACCACCGCCCGUGUCGCCCCGUGUGACGAAGACUUACGGCAGAUCAAAUUCGAGUCAGAGUCCAUCGGGAAGGCUGCUCGAAACAUCCGCCUCUCUCCCUGCGAUACCCCGUCCCACGACCCCCACCCGACAGACUACGCGCAAAUAUCACGACAACAACGGUGUUGUAACGAAUACAAACAAUAAGCGACCCUCGGAUGACACCGACGCGGAACGGGCGUUGAAGAAAGCCCGUACAUUACCCUCUCCUCUUAUGUCUCUCGACUCCCGGCCAAGAACCCCUCCACGUACGCCGACGAGACCGACGGCUGCAGCAGAGGGUAGUGGGAGCACGAUUCCCGGCCUGGAGCUUGCGAAAGCUUCUGCAGCACCAGCGGCACCGGUAACACCCCAAUCCAAGCAGAAGAAAGUGCUGCCCACUCUCACGGAGCUCUUAGCAAGUGCAAAGAAAGGACGAUCGACGAAGAAGCCUUCAAGCAAGGCAAAGGAGGUCGAAGUACCUGUCGUUGAAGAGCAAAGCGGAGAGGACCCAGAAGACAUCAUCGAGGAUGCCCUGGACUUCGGGCUCGGUGCAGACUUGGAUAUUCCGCGAGAUGAGAACCCAUUUGACCUUGCCUCGCCGACGAAGUCACUCUCUUCACUCGCUGGGGACUCUGAGGACGAAGAAGACGAGAUCGAGGACGACGAGAAAAUUAGCGUGAGCGGCUCGUUCAACCCUGUCGCUACAUCAACCCAGGUCGGGCGCGGGCCUUUCGUGUCUAAGGCCAACGCCGCCGCCGAGGGACAACCCGCCGCAGGCGAUAGCCAACACAACACUGACAGCUGGGCGAGCAUAUACGCUUCGGGGUCCGGCUCCUCCAAACCUAAACCCAACCCAAGCUCGCACCCCAAGUCCGCAUACCCUGCCUCCUCAAAUCCCCUCCGUGGCUCCGUCUAUCCGCCACCAGCGUCUUCCUUCCCGAAUCCCUAUGCGUACGCCUCGUACAACUCUCAGUUCGAGUCGGCAGUCGCCGAGCAGGUAGACCGAGUAGAUAAGCUGCUGGAGAAGGAUGUUGACUAUGAGGGUUGGUUGCGUGAUCCUUACGCGGAUGAACCGCCUGAAGACGAGGAGGAAGCCGCUGGAUUUGGGCAGAACUCGCUGGGAGUCCAAGGUUCGUUUGGGGUUGAGGAGAGCCCGUAA